CACAUUCAUUCUCCACUUAACAUAUCUCUCUCUCUCUCUUUCUUCUCCAGGGACACAUUUAUUGGAGAAUUGAUUAUCAUCAUCAUUCAAUGGCUCCUUUUGGGUCAAUUUUGAUGCUCUUCAUUAUGGUUUAUUUCACUUCACUUGCACUGGCAUCUCCAGCAAUAGUACAUGUACAAUUCUCUACUAUAUCAGCUGCUCCUGCUGUCCUGCCUGGUGCUCCUAUGGCUUCUCCUUCAGGUUUGUCACCUGACAUUGAACCUUUAUUUCCUACUCCUGUGUCAACUCCUCCAAGUGAGUCUUCACUGCCUAUUAUUCCUUCAAGUCCAAGCCCACCAAACCCAGAUAACAUGUUAGCUCCUGGACCUGAAUUGGGGGCAUUCCCACCAUCAGGAGCUCUGCCCGCUUCUUCCUCAGUUUCAUUAGCAUCAUCAGGACCUGUGAGUUUGAUUUUCUUUGUUGGGUUGCUGUAUUUUUGCUUAAUUCAUCUUUCUGGUAUGUAAGGUAUUGGUGGUGGGCAGCUUCAAUUAUUGCCGCUAGUGGUUCCACUUUCUUUCUUUUAAUUGUUUGUAGAUGUCUUGUUGUGUUGUACUAUGGUUUAGUGCCAUGGUAGGUGAAUGAAGUGUAAGGCACUGCUGCUGCUGAGCUGUGAUAGGAUAAUUUUUCAGAUUUUUAACCAUAGAUAAAGAUAAAGUUGUCACUUGUUCUUGUACAAUAGUACCUGGGGAGUGAAUAAUGAGGGCAUUUGAGAAUUACAUGAUGGUAAUGUCAAUUUUCUUUUACUGAUCU